AUGCAUUGUCCCAAAUCAGUGAACUUCUCUACGGAAGGAGUUGUUCCUAGCAUAGGCACCAGAGAACCCAAGGUGGGUGAUGUGGCACUGCCGGUGUCAUUCCCUGUGCUCUCCAAAACUAACUAUCCUCUAUGGGUUACUCGGAUGGAGGUCAUGUUGGAGGCAUAUCGGCUAUGGGAGGCGAUUGAGGCGGAGAGCAUGGCAAGGAAGAUGAAUCGCCAAUCCUUCUCAAAGCAAUUUUUGAGGAGAUCCAAGUGCAACUCAACAUCAAGAGGCAUGCGAAAGAGAUCUAGGAGACUCUCAGGAAUAAGAAUGUCGCCAUCAAACGCGUGUAGAAGGCCCCUGUUCAAGCUCUGAAGAGAGAAUUUGAGUCUCUCAAGAUGGGCAAGGAGGAGCUCGUGAUAGACUUUGAUGGUAAACUCUCUAGAGUCGUCACUCAAUUGAGAAGCCUUGGAGAAGAUAUUACCGAAGCUGUAGUAGUUGGAAAGUUACUCCGAUCUACACCAACAAAGUUUGACCCAAUCAUAAGAACGUUAGAGCAGUUUGACUUGACGAUUUUGGAACAAUGACCCUAGAUGAAGCAUUCAGGUCAUUAAAAGUUCACGAGGAGAAGCUUUAAGAGCGUCAAAAUGAAGAAGAGGAAGAGGAAGCCUUAUUGACGUGUGCGAUAAAGAAGAAUAAAGGUAUGGGUGGAAACUCAAGAGGAUGUGGAAGAGGACACGACAGAGGAUGAAGAAGAGGACGCAGUAGAAGCAAUGGUGAUGAUAGCUAAGAUGGUGACCAAAAGACCUGAGAUAAGUCCAGAAUAAAAUGCUUUAACUACCAGAAGCUUGGGCAUUUUACUUCGAAGAACUGUAGUGAGAAGAAAGAGCAGAAACUCAACGUGGCCGAGACAGAAGAGAAGGAGACAACAAUGUUACUGAUGGCGCUCCCUGAAGGAGAAGAAGAAAUCUUACUCCAAGGUGUUGGUGAAGAAUCAACAUAA